CAAUUCUAGUGACUUGAAAACACGUCUGCAGAAAAGAAAUGACAACAUACGUACCGGAUCACAACCAAACUCUAUACGAGAUAACAGACGAUGUGCACAAGGGGUUUCUCAUCAGUUGGUGCAUCAUUCUCGGUGUUUUCUCCGUCUUUGGGAACACUCUGGUCUUAGUAGCAUCCAUCAAGUACAAGGCACUGAAACUUGACAACAUCUCGGUAAUGCUGAUCAAGCAUAUUAGCUUCGCAGACGUGCUUUACGCUUUAGUGGUCAUCCUCAUGGUGGGAUGGUCCCUCAUUAUAAACGACUGGCCCCUAAAUCAUCCGCUCUGUGAGGCUAGCGUGUUUCUUCAAUUUUUCCUGGCGCUGGUGGACAUCAAUUUUAUUUGGGUGCUGAAUGUUGCAAAACUAACGUGCAUCAUCUACCCUUUCCGAGCAAGAUUGCGCACUAAGAACACUGGGUACUUGGUAGCUGGCACAAUUUGGCUCGCGUCCAACAUUUACCCACUACAAUGCGCGGCAAUGCGCCGGCCUGUCUAUUUCGACUACAGGUCGUAUCGGUGUGCGUACCUCUCCACCCCUGAUGUGUGGGAGUGGCUAGAUCCUCUUAACACCAUGAUCUUCUUCUUGACCCCUAACAUUAUUGUCAUAGUAACGACUAUCUGGCUGCUCUUGUUCGCCAACAAGAUGAAAGGAAUCCACAAGCAAGCAGUCUUAACAAUGUUAACAGUUUCUCUCGUGUUCUGUAUCUCCUACGCACCGAUUGGCGUUUACAUGACUACCGAGAAGUGGAUUACUGCUGCAGCGGGUGUAGAUAAACACAAGGACUUCCUUUAUGUACAGUUAUACAGAUAUGGAACCUUAGUUAAAUUCCUGAACAAUAGCACAAACCCAAUUAUUUACUACGCUACUAUCACCAGUUUCAGGGAGUUUGUCAGGGAGAAGGUAUUUGGAAUAAAGAAACAAAGUAUCAGUUUCAGCACUAGGAGUCAGACAAUAGCAAUUAGUAUCCGUGCUGUAGCCAUGAAAAGACGUACUUCUGAUAGACUCUCUAAUUUUGUAAAAAACCGACAUGCAACUACAAAACUGCAAACAGUCGAAAUAGAAACCUAAAAGGACAAAAUAGAAAACAUUGUUUCUUGAGUAGGAGCAUGUUAGGUUCUUUCACCAUUUCGUUGACACUAAGUACCAUUGUUACUGGAACCAAGCUAGGUAAAAGGUCGAUUGUGACUCAGAUCUUCAAAUGUGAUGAUAAGAAUAAACUAAAAACGUUAGAUAUAACAACAUCACUUACUGAUAGCUUGAAGAGUUUUACCAAGUCCCAUCUCGUCAGCCAGGAGGAGACAUCCAUCACGCUGUAGCCCGAACAGAACACCCUCGCGUUGGAAAGGAAGGAGACUGUCUCGUAGGACGGAGGGUAGUUUGUUCAAUGACUCUGUGUCGCUCUGAAGGAGGGGGGGGGAUAUUA